AUGGUAACAGCUGUGGACAUCGACAACGCCUCGUCGCAGUCUGAGUUGACCAAGCUCCGAGGGACAUGCCGAGCCCAACACACCAAGAAGCGUCAAGAGCUACUGAGAGUGCGUGAAGACCUCGACACUGCUUUUGAAACCGAGGACCUCACUGCUCAAGAACAGCUCCAAGAACGAGAAUGCCAGUUAGAGAGCGAUAUCUCUCACUACCGGGACCUGAUCAACACAUGCACGGCCAAGAUCGAUCACCUUCUGGCGGAUGCAUCCGUAGGAGCUCAGGCCCUUCUUCCGGCUCCGAGCCCUGGUCUUCCGGUUGCUAUUCAUGAUGAGUCGGUCAACUCACUCGUCACUGUCUUGGCCGACGCACUGGCGAAAGCGACCUCUAGUGUGAAGUCAAACCCUUCGUCGAUGGGAUCGAGGCCGAUGCAGCUGAGUGACGUGUCGAAGCUAUCCGUCUCGUCCCGUACCUUGAAGGACGUAUCCCUGUUGUCUGUCCACUACAGAAGGAUGGAGUCCCUCUUCGUGGCCGCCAACUUCGGUCAAGUCGGGGAGGAUGGUCGGUUUACUCCUCACGAGUCCAUCAAGGUGGCAGUCAUUGAGAAAUUCCUCGACACGUUGUCGCCUUUUGCUACACUGGUGAAUGAGGCAGCCAGGAACAUCGACAGCAACGGUCACAACUGGGUAGCUCUCCGUGAGACUCUCUUGGACAAGUUCUGUAGUCCUGGGGCCAUUCGUAAGGAGGUCAGAAAGCGU